AUGCACUUAGCUUUUCUGGACUUUGAAGCCGCUUUUGACUAUCCUCAUCGAAGCCGUCUUCUCAACGUGAGCGCCGAUGUAGUACCAGGAAAGUUCGUUCGCUUGCUUGAUGACAUGAAUCAACGAACAACUGCUGCAGUUCGAACACCAGCCAGAUGUACAACACCGUUUGAGGUGGUAACUGGAGUAAGACAGAGGGCAGUGGCUGCAACCUAUGAACUACGUCUACGUCCUGAUAAAUCCAAGGAGACGUGGAUCUCUUCGAGACAUCAAACAGGAAUCAGGGUGGACGGACAACCAAUUGAACUCGUCGAUGACAAGCCCGUUUCCGCAUUCAACUUCUCAACGAAAUGCCUGUGGUCGACCCCCAUUACCAAUGGAAUCAAGCUGCAAGUCUACCCAUCUGCAAUUCGCCCUAUUAUCAUGUACGGAUCGGAGACCUGGGCAGCACCGCGUACGGUAAUGGAGAGGCUUGAUUGCACGGAAAGGAAGUUGCUUAAAUGGCUGUUUGGCUACUUUUGGCCUAGGGUAUGCUACAAUGAAGAGCUUUACGCGGAAGUCGAUGUGGUGUACCGGCGGAUGACACAUGGAAGAUAUCAACAUACAGCACCGCCAUCGAAAGUGGCUACAGAAAAUCGUCUUUGCUUCUUUGAUCACAUAUUAAGUAGACCAGCAGAUCGCCUUGUUUAA